GUUGGUUGGAUUCCCGCGAGCAUCAGAUGACCGAGCCUUUCACGUCAACUCCGCGUCUUUCUCCCUCCUUCUCUGCUUGUUGGACAUGAGCUAGAGGGUCCUAGACUGCGACCUCCCCCCUCCUCCUUCCAGAUCCUUCCGUCCCCCCCCCCAGACAGCGGCCUCUGAUUCAUGAGCCUGCAGGAUGCGGCUGCGGUCCACGCACUCUCGGAGCGGCUCCUCAUAGCCUCGCACAAGGGCCAGGCCGAUAAUGUGGUGCAGCUCAUUAACAAGGGAGCCAAGGUAGCCGUCACCAAGUACGGCCGGACUCCGCUGCAUUUAGCCGCUUAUAAAGGCCACACUGAAGUUGUGCACAUUUUAUUGAGGGCUGGCUGCGACCUGGACAUUCAGGAUGACGGUGACCAGACAGCCUUACACAGGGCAGCAGUGGUGGGAAACAGUGAUGUCAUCUCAGCUCUUAUCCAGGAAGGGAGUGCACUGGACAGACAAGACAAGGAUGGUAACACUGCGCUGCAUGAAGUCUCCUGGCAUGGGUUCAGUCAGUCUGUCAAGUUGCUGGUCAAGGCUGGAGCCAAUGUUCAUGCCAAAAACAAGGCAGGAAAUACUGCCCUGCAUUUAGCUUGUCAGAAUGGGCAUUCCCAAAGUUGUAAGGUGCUGCUUUUGGGAGGAGCACGACCUGACAGCAAGAAUAAUGUAGGUGACACAUGUCUGCAUAUUUCCGCCCGCUACAAUCAUGUGUCCAUAAUCCGGAUCCUUCUGGGUGCGUUUUGCUCAGUGACGGAGAGAAAUCAGGCAGGGGACACAGCUUUGCAUGUGGCAGCUGCUCUGAAUCAUAGGAAAACGGUUCGGCUGCUGCUGGAGGCGGGCACAGACGGCACUCUCCGGAACAAUGCAGGACAGACCCCUCUGGACCUUGCAAGAGAACAUAACAACCCAGAAGUGGCUCUACUGUUGACCAAAGCCCCUCAGGUGCAGAGUUUUACCCGCGGCAGGAGCGUGAGGAAGAGGAGGGACAAACUGAGGGCCGAAGGGCGAGCGCAGUCUGUCCCGCGUGAUGAGAUGAUGCACUGUAAGGAAAGUGUGUCACCAGCAGACGACACCCACAGUAGCGAUCAAGUCGUGCGUAAACGCGGCGAACACAAGAGCGAAACCCCUGAGCCAACAGAGACAUGCCCCAAAAAGAAUCGCAACAAGAAACUCAAAGAGAAGCCCUCUUUGUCAGACCCCCUCUCCCGCAGAGAAAACAACCGUGGCGAAGCAGCACAGAAAAAAAAGAAUAAACCGCGGGGGUCGUCUCCUCUGGCUGUCCCUCCUCCUCACAGCUACAAGGCCUAUCAGCUCUACACCCUCUACCGCGGAAAAGACGGCAAGAUUAUGCAGGCUCCUAUAAAUGGCUGUAGGUGUGAACCUCUAAUUAACAAACUGGAGAAUCAGCUUGAAGCUACUAAGGAGGAGAUGAAGUCAGAGAUUCACACAGUUCAGGAGCUGAUGAACAGCAAGAUUGGCCAACUAGACCGCAAGAACAAACACCAGAUCCGGGCUCUGGAUAAGAUGACCUUGGAGCGAGUGUCGGCAGAGAAGACAGAGUGUCAGCAUCGUAUCGAGCAGAGAGCCGCGCUGGAGCGAAUGGAGGCGGAGAAGAAACAGGCUUCAGUAGUGAGUGAGCUGAAGAACUGGUGUCUGUCUAAGAUCCAGAAUAUGGAGAUGCGACUGGCUGGAGAACCUCGUCAGCCGAAGCUCCGGAGGUCCUCCUCUCUGGCGGAAAGUGUCAGCGAAGCUGAGCCAGAUGGGCACACCAGUCUGCCCGCUGUGCCUGGAGGCAGCGCUCAAUGCCUGGCAACCUCUACCCUACCUGACCCCACUGAUCUGGAGGCAGCGGCGGGCACAGAGGAUGGCUCUGCUAAUCACUAUUUUGUGGUUCAGGUGGACAGUUCUCCAGACGACAAACAGCACGCACACGAGCUCUCCGCCCAAACUCAGAACAAAUCCCUGCCUUCUUCUCCUCGGGUGGUCCGUCCAAAAGAGCGUUCCUUGCUCGGCACUGACCCCCGCAGGUUACCUGGGGAAGCGCAGGACCAAAAGCUACUACAACCGAAACCCAGAGGAAGCCGCACCGUUCGGGCCAGCAGCCUGUCCCCGGAGACGGAACGCCGCUGCAGCAGCCGGAACGACUGCGAGGGGGAUCCGGACCGCGACGGAGAGAGGUGCCGAGGAGAGAGAGGCAGGCACCAUAAGCGGCACUCCCAGGGCAAAGCAAAGGGCAAAGGGAGCUCAAAGACUCUGGAGGUGUUUGGGAAAAAGACGCCGGAGCCCACUUUCGCUCAGGAGCGGGAAAACAUGCACGCCCUGGAGGUGACGCAGUACUUUUUCGAGGCGGUCUCCACUCAGAUGGAGCGUUGGUAUGAGAGGAAGAUCAAGGAGGCCCGGUGGGAGGCAGACCAGAGGGCCCACGCAGACCGCGCCGCUCUUCUGGAUCGGAUCAGCUACCUGGAGGAUGAACUGAGGCUACUGAGGACUAGACAGAAGGAGGACAGCUAACGCUGUCGAAACCAGCGCAGCAGAAAACAAACAAACAAACAA